UAUCUCUGUCUUGAUAUCUGUUAUGAAUUUAAGAGUUUGAAACACAAAAUAAUCUAUCUUGAUUCAGAUAAUCUCUUUAAACAGUCCACUAUAGAAAACAUUCCACAUUAGUAGAUCUAAUUACAGAGUUAUUCAUCACUUUUUAAGUUUUAUAAUCUUAAAAGGAUUCACUUCUCCUUUUUAAGUUUUAUCUUUCUAAACCAAAUCUAGUUAAUUGACUUGAGAUAUUACACCCAAACACUAACCAAAGUCCAAUUGACACAUGGCAAAAGAAAACAAAGGGUGAUGACUUUGUAGCUUUACAGACAAUUGGGUUAGAAUGCGUAUCAAAAUCACAACUUCUAAUUGGUCUAUAUCUGAAUACCCCUUAUCCAAUAUCCUUAUCUCCACCACAUAUGUCUCAAUAAUAAUAACAAAAACAAACUCUCUUCACACCCACACUUGAUUCCUUCACAAAUACUCCUCCAUUUCCCCUAUAAUCCUCCAAUUCCUCAAUGGCCAUGGCAACUCAAGCUUCCCUCUUCACCCCAGCUCUCCCCGCUCCAAAAUCCGCCGCUCCAUGGAAACAAUUCUUGGUAUCUUUCUCCACUCCUAAGCAACUCAGAUCUACUGUCAGGCCCAUUCGCGCCAUGGCCGAGGAUGCCUCGGCCACUAAAGAAGCGGAGCCCGCUCCAGUGGGCUUCACUCCACCUCAACUAGACCCAAACACACCUUCACCAAUCUUCGGUGGUAGCACUGGCGGGCUCCUCCGUAAAGCUCAAGUUGAGGAAUUCUAUGUCAUAACAUGGGAAUCACCAAAGGAACAAAUCUUUGAAAUGCCAACUGGUGGUGCAGCUAUCAUGAGACAAGGUCCCAACUUGUUGAAAUUGGCUAGGAAAGAACAAUGUUUAGCACUUGGUACAAGGUUGAGGUCCAAGUACAAGAUUAACUACCAGUUUUAUAGGGUAUUUCCAAAUGGUGAAGUUCAAUAUUUGCACCCAAAAGAUGGUGUGUACCCGGAAAAGGUGAACCCAGGUCGUGAAGGAGUUGGACAGAACUUUAGAUCCAUUGGAAAGAACAAGAGUGCUAUUGAAGUCAAGUUCACUGGCAAACAAGUGUAUGACUUGUAAGUUGAUGAAUGAAGGGUGUUAUUUUGUGGCUUUAUAUUGUAAUUGUUAAUGAUUAUGUGAUUAUGUAGUGCAUCGUUUUCAUGUAAUUUUAUUUGACACUACAAAUACAACAUGGAUCCUUUUGAUUA